AAAUACAAAUACGUUAAAUUUAAAUUUCAUUAAUGGUAAAGAUCUGGUAAGGCUUUGUAAAUAGUUGCGAAAUGUUCAAAACAUUUAAACUAUUUUCUCGGAGAAACUUUAAAAAUUUACAAUUUUUGUGAAAAUUUGAAAAUUUUUAAUUUGUAUAAUUUCUUUAAAAUGCGCCGCUCUUGCGCUCCCUCUAUGCUAAAAGAGCGAGAAGAUAAAAAACGUAUAAAAAUUGAUAAACUAUUUGAAAGUGAUGACAAAAAUAAAGAAGUUAGUUCGACUGUCUUGGAUAACGACAAUUGGGGUACAUCGAGUAGAAGAGUGAAAUUCGAAAGCCAUAACACUGAAGAAAACGUGAGCAAUAUUUAUACAAAAAUAAUAUUUAACGUUGUCUGGCGUGAAAUAACCAAAAAAAAGCACAAAACAUGGGACGGAGAUGGGUUUCUUGAAGUGCAGCUUGAGCUGCCGCGAGCAGUGCUUAAGGACAGCACCGGAAAGUAUUUAGGCACCAAUACAAAAUUCCAAGUUAGCGAUUUAGAAGAAGGGUUUCAAAUGGUUGUAGGAGGAAAGGAGAUCGAGUUGUUGGAGCAAAUCACGGAUAAAAAUAAAUACUUCUCGCUGCAGAAGCAAUAUGUGGAAAAUCGCUGGGGCUCUGCUGAAAGCCAACAUUGUGAAGAAAUGUCGAAAAAGUUGAAAGUAUCUACAUUGUAUCAAUCAACAUGUAAACAGCAAAAUAACAUUUAUUUGAAAAGUAUAGAAACAAUUAAAAACAAUAAAGAUAAUGCUAUUCAGGGCGCAUGGCCAUCAAACUCAGCAAAAUUUGUAUACAAUGUUGUUUGGCGCGAAGUAACCACAAAGAAAAAUAAAACAUGGAACGGCGAUGGUGUAUUUGAGAUUUACACAGACAACAACAGAGGAAUACUGAAAGAUGAAGGAGGACAAGAAAUGGGCUCAAUGGAAAACUUACUUUUAAAUGAAAUAGAAAUAGGUGUGAUUUUGUUAAUAGGAAAUAAGGAAUUUGAGAUACUGGAAAUGAAGUCGGAAAAUACCACGGAAAAUAAAAGUGAAAAUAAUUUAAACUCUCACGCUAGGCAAGAAAAGAGAAAAGACUCUCUUAAAAUCAAUGGCUCUAUUCUACCAUCACCACCAAAAAAUCAUAUGAAAGAAUUAAAUCCAGCUUCACUUCCCAUACAUUCAAUGGAAGUACCUCACAAACUCGAUCAACAUUUGCGUCCUCAUCAGAGAGAUGGUGUCUCAUUCCUGUACAAAUGCGUUAUGGGAUUCCACGAUCCAACGUAUCGCGGUUGUAUACUUGCAGACGAUAUGGGUUUAGGCAAAACGUUGCAGUGUCUCACGCUUGCGUGCAUAUUAUUAAAAAGUGGACCUUAUGGUGGUGAACGAGUACUCCAUCGUGUUCUUGUAGUUACACCAAGUAGUCUUACUCGUAACUGGGAAAAGGAAGUUAGUAAAUGGUUAAAAAAUGAAAGAAUGUAUUCUUUUGUAGUUGGUGGUAAGCGAAAGUUGGAGUCUUAUGCAAAACAGCAACAUGUACCAUUCGUAAUAGUCUCUUAUGAAAAUCUACUUGCAAAUAUAUUAGAUUUUCAAAGCAUGACUUUCGAUAUGCUAAUUUGUGAUGAAGGUCACCGUCUAAAAAACCAGUCGACCAGAAUAGUAUCUGCUUUGAAAGAACUUAACAUUUCACGAAGGAUAAUCAUUACCGGCACACCAGUGCAGAAUGAUUUGCGAGAAUUUUAUUGUCUAGCGGAUUUUGUUAAUCCUGGUAUUUUUGGCACUUACCAAGAUUUUCGCUCUUACUACGAGCUCCCGUUGCAAGAGAGUCAAAAUCCCGAGGCAUCCUCAGAUGUGAAGGAUUUGGCAAACGAAAGAACUCGAGAGCUUAUGAAAAUCGCUGAUACAUUUGUGCUUCGCCGCCUACAAAGCGUAAAUGGCCAAUACUUACCUACAAAGUAUGAGUACAUUGUUUUCGUACAACCGUCAGAACUUCAACAGUUUAUGUUGCAAAAAGCUCUUCAGCUAUAUGCACAAAGAAAAGAUACAGUUUUAAAGGAUUUAACACCACUGCAAAUAAUUACUGUUCUUAAGAAAAUAUGCAACCAUCCCUCACUGGUUGCGCGUACGAAAACCCCUAAUAUAUUGACUCGUUUCCUAGAACGUUGCCUACCGGAUUUUUCAGAAAUGGGUCCUUUCGAUUCAGCGAAAUUAGAAUUGGUGCAACACUUCCUUAUUGCUUCGGCAAUUCAGAAUCAGGAAAAAUGCGUUUUAGUUUCAAAUCAUACAAAAACACUCAAUAUACUGCAGGGAUUAUGUGAUUUCCUGAAUAUAAAAUGUCUACGUCUAGACGGUUCCACAAAUGUUAGCGAAAGAAAUGCUAAUGUAGAAAAAUUUAAUAGCGAUUCAGAUGAUUCUUUGGUAUUUUUACUCAGUGCAAAAGCCGGCGGCGUUGGUCUUAAUUUAAUAGGCGCAUCCAGGUUAAUACUUUUUGAUAAUGAUUGGAAUCCUGCUACUGAUGCGCAGGCUAUGUCCCGUAUAUGGCGUGAUGGUCAGACGAGAGAUGUGCAUAUUUAUCGUUUGGUAACUGCUGGUUGCAUUGAAGAAAAAAUAUUUCAAAGACAAAUCGCGAAGCUGACACUGGGAGAUUGCGUUACUGAAAAUAUAGGAAGAGGCAGCAGUGAUGAUACGAUGAAGUUUUCCGCAGAGGAUCUCAUGGACUUGUUUUGUUUACAGGAAGACUAUACUAUUUGCCAAACACAUGAAAGCUUAAAUUGUCAUUGCAAUGGCGAUGGGGAGAAUGUGACGUCUUAUGAUGUUGCAGAAAGCGCCAGAAAGAUAAAUGCGCUGAUGAAAUGGAAACAUUACAAGCCACCAUUCGAUUCGAAUUUUUUGGAGCUAGCAUGCCUGGAAAAUGCCAGCGAUAAUCUCAUGUAUAUUUUCGCCAAUAAGACUGACACUUUUUAAACUAUUUAGAUUUAAC